AUGAUCCCGGGCAUCAAAGCCAGAUGCGAUCAACGAAGCAUCUCCGAGACUACGUCGACAUUCCCAAUCCAGAUUAAAACGGGCAGCAAAUUUGAAGCAACUGAUGGUUCCGGCAUCAAAGGCCUCAUUGCGUCUGAGUUUGGACAGUCCCAAAUGAUACAAGAGCUGCUGGAUGACGAUCUAUUACGUCUUUUCACCAUGUGCACCGUCAGUGAGACAUCCGACACCCGUAAAGCAAACCAGAGAUUCAUACAGAUGCAUUGCAACUUGGAAAUUACAGUCUAUGGCCCUUUUUCCGAGUUCGAAGAGAUCGGAAACUGGUUCCAGGAAUACGACGUGUACCUUCAGGAUCCUGUCCAUUGCCAUUUGGAUGCCCCGUACGCCAAUCCGCACAAGUUGUCAUCGAAUGACCUCACCUGGUGUCCCAUGGUCUGGCAGGUUGUUUCGCAAAGCUCUGAUCAAGUUUUUCUGAAAGACAUAACGGAUCGAAUCGACAUGCUAGAUAUGCUCAACAGCCGAUCCGACCUAGAAGAGGCCAACCAGCCAACAGUCAUAGCAACAGAGCUCAAGAGACACCAAAAACAAGCACUCACGUUCAUGCUUCGCCGCGAACGGGGAUGGGGAUUCCAGGAUGGACAGUCAGACAUAUGGGGGGUUGUGGACACCACCCAAAGACGAUCUUUUGUCAAUUUCGUCUCCGAGUCUUACCAGAAUGAAGAACCACCACAGUUCUACGGUGGCAUCGUUGCAGACCCUAUGGGCCUGGGUAAGACCCUGACGAUGAUCGCUCUGGUAGCGACCGACCUGGAAGAUCAGAAACCUGUUGUGGACACCGGAGCUAUUGCAGAAGGCAAGCAUUUUAGCGGAGCGACUUUGAUCAUCAUUCCUCCCCCUCUCAUAGGUUCGUGGGAAGAGCAGCUUUUCGACCAUGUGGUAACUGGAGGGCUUCGGUGCCGUCGGCAUCACGGUAAAACGAGGUUGACCGACCUAAGAGAUCUCGAUGGCGUCAACGUCGUACUGACAACAUACCACACGGUUUCCGCUGAGUGGAAAGACGGAAAAGACGAGGAGAACAGUGCCUUGUUCGGCGUUUGCUGGAGGAGGAUCAUUCUUGACGAAGCUCAUUACAUCCGUAAUGAACAUUCCCGUAUGGCCCGCGCCGUGUGCGCUCUAGAUUCCAUCUCUAGAUGGGCCGUAACAGGCACUCCCAUCCAAAACCGGCUUAGCGAUCUAGCCACGAUCGUCAAGUUCAUCGGAGCGUAUCCCUACACAGAUACCAGACAGUUCGAGGCCGACUUGUCUAGGCUCUGGAAGUCCGGACAGGAUGAGAAGGCCGUCCAGAGGCUCAAAUACUUGUCGGCGUGUCUUAUACUCCGCCGAUCCAAGGGCACAAUCACCUUGCCCCCUCGGCACGACAAGUUGUGCGCCGUCGACUUCACCUCGGAAGAGAGGGCCGCGUAUGAGGAGAUGCGGCAGCAAGCCAUCACCCGAAUCGAGGAAGCCCUUCAGCAAGAUUCUGGGUUCGAGACGGCAAAUGUUGCCGUUUAUCACAACAUCCUGCAACGAAUCGAGUCUCUACGACUCUUCUGCAACUUGGGCCUCGGUUAUCAUUCAAGGCACAGCAAAAAGAUAAGCUCAUCUGACGAUCACAACUGGGCUGAAAUCGCCCAGCAGCUCUUCAAUCUGCAGAUGCAAAAAGAACCGGUCGUUUGCCUAGGGUGUUCUUCGACACUAGAGCUGACUGAGACCAUUCUGGACGAAUACAUUGAGACGAAACCCAGGGCUCAGUUCUUCCAGUGCAUGAAGUUCGCCUGCGGCCACUGCUCUAGGAGGCUUGGCCGAGCCAACCGUUCAAUGACUUGCGGGCACAAACCCUCGUGUCCUACGGCACCAGUCUCUUUCAACAACAGGGCCUUGGAGGAAAUUCCAGAUUCGGUUCCCAGGGGGAGGAAUUGGUCGUUUGGUAUGCCUUCAAAGGUGAAAGCGCUCGUCGCCGAUAUCAAGCGUCUGUCGCCGGAGGUCAAAUGUAUCGUGUUUUCAACAUGGAGAAUGACCCUGGACGUUGUAGAGGAAGCAUUGAAACACGCAGGAAAGACAACUGUCCGCUUCGACGGAAGUGUGUCUCAAAAAGACAGGCAUUCUGUAGUUGAGAGGUUCAGAAAAGACCCAGGCGUCUCGGUCAUGCUGUUGACACUAUCGUGCGGUGCAGUCGGAUUGACACUUACCGUCGCGUCUCGAGUGUAUCUCAUGGAGCCUCACUGGAAUCCCAACCUCGAAGAGCAGGCACUUGCUCGCGUGCACCGAAUGGGACAGACUCGCGAGGUGACAACCAUGCGUCUCUACAUGCGAGACUCCUUCGAAGAGCAAGUAAUGGAGGUCCAGAAGACAAAGAAGCAGCUUGCCGGGUUGCUGCUGUCGCCGCACGACGGUAGCCAGACGGACGACAGUCUGAGCGGCUUGCAGAAACUACGAUCACUUCUUUGA